GAUGGGCAGCAGGUUGUGCGGGUGGACAGUGGUGGGACUGCUGCCUGGUGUCUGGUGUCUGCUGCAGGCGUCAUAUACUCGCCCUUGUAUUGUCUCCUAGCGAGCCGACGGAACCAGUGUUUUAGAAGGUUGAACGAAGAAAUAAGUUUAUAUAUUCGAAGCUCCUUCCAGUGACCUGAAACACUGUUCCUGAUACACUAUACAACUAAUUCCCUGAAUACAGCUGAGACAACUAUGAAGUUAUUUGAGUGUAAACACACACGCUUCAUCGCCUUCUUCAGCUUCGUCUGCGCCUACUUCUAUUACCAGUCUGCCAUCUACCAGUCCAAGAAGGUUCCUGUCUUCUCUCCUUCGGGCAACGUUAUGGUCCUGGAGAGAGAGGGAGUCUCUCCGAACCAUCCAGAGAGCCACGCUGGUGUACCGCAAGUAGCGGAUGCACACGAAACUCUUACCACGAAUGUAAGAAUACUUAGAAACACAAGCGGUAAUGCUACCUAUGACCAGCAACAAAAGCUUCAACUAUUUACAAUAGGAAGAGCUGCAGAAAGGAUAGUGGAUAAGGAGGGUAGGUCUAAUAAUGUUAGUGUUAAGAUGGACGAGGAGGCUAUGACCAGUAGUGCCAGUGUCAAGGUGGAUGGAGAGGCCAGGACCAGUAGUGUCAGUGUCAAGGUGGAUGAGGAGGCCAGAACCAGUAGUGCCAGUGUCAAGGUGGAUGAAGAAGCCAGGAUAAGUAGUGCUAGUGUCAAGGUGAAUGAGGAGCCCAGAACCAGUAGUGCCAGUGUCAUGGUGAAGAAGCCUCGUUGGGAGUUCCCAGUGCUGCAACCAUCGGGCGGCACCUUCCUGAAGCACCUCAACUUGUCUACCUACGACAGAAAGGAUCGCAGGUUCUUGGAGGUUCGAAGGAAGCUGAUGAUACGACGAGCGGAAACUCUGCGCCAAGUUUGUACGAAGAGACCACAGCUGGCCAAGUCUUCUGUGUUACACGUAGUCUGGGACACCAAACACAAUGUUAUAUGGUGCCCAUUGCAUAAGACCCCGCUCGGAGCUGAGACCCCGCUCAGCGCUGAGACCCCGCUAAGCGCUGAGACCCGCUCAUCGCUGAGAACUCGCUCAACGCUGAGAAUUCGCUCAGCGCUGAGCGGGGUCUCAGCGCUGAGCGAAUUCUCGCUAAUUGCUGAGAACUCGUUCAACGCUGAGAAUUCGCUCAGCCGCUCAGCGCUGAGAACUCGCUCAGCGCUGAGACCUCGCUCGGCGCUCAGAAUUCACUCCGAGCUGAGGGUGUAUUCCUGGAGAUGA